AUGGCCUCCUUCUCAUCACUGCGCACGGCACUCGAGCCAUACAUUGACAUUCCCUUCAACCAAUGGCUCAUCCUCAUCCUCCUCUGCACCUAUGUCUGCGCCCUCCGCCAGCCGGGCGCGCUCCUGGUCGCCGUCCUCACCGUCAGCGCCGCAAUACUCCUAUACGACACCACGUCCACGACCGGCGCCAUGAUCAAGACCAUCUGCGAGCUGCCCCUCGGCCUGGGCUCCAUCCUGGCGUUCCUCAUCGCCAGCCGGGCCCUCAAGGCGCGGCUCCUGCCCGCCUUUGAGACGUACGUCAACCUCGCCGUGUACGGCAACAUUGGCAUGAUGGUGGCGACGCCCGCGGGCGGCACCCUGCGCGGCCUGUGCUGCAAGGUCGCGUGCCUGGCGCUGUUCCUCUGGAUCGUGCAGCAGGGGCGAAGAGCUGGGUGGAAGACGAUUAUGCUCCACGACAGGAUGUUUGUCUUUACGGCCGUUAGCAAGAGCUGGAUAUUUGCACACGCGGUGUAUAGGUUCGUGCUCUUGACGCUGCCGUGCUUUGGGUCCGGUCGCCGGCACCGGCUUUUGGAGGUUUACUCGCUCAGUCUGACGGCUGCGCUGUCGUGGGCGUCGGGUCUACCCUUCGAGUACUGCUUUGGGAUGGCCGAUACGCUGGUCGUCCCGGCAGUUACGGGGUGGUCCUCGGUUGCGACGACGUUUAACCUGGUGCCGCGCGAUGUGAAAGGCAACGACUCGUCAUCGCUCUCAAAUCGCAUCGGCAGUUCUGCAGACGCGUGUCUGGGAGCUGUGUUACUGGCUGUUGCUGGCUUUGCUUGCUUCAAGAUGGUUACCGCGCCGCGGUCAGGGUCAAGGGGGACGUGA